UUGCAGGAAAUGCGCAUAAAUGUGCGAGAAAUGAGUGUGCAUCUCGGUACACAGAGCUUAUCGGAUUCUCGGGUAAGGUUUCAGACCAUCGUGACCAAUAAUUCGAACGGAGAGCAGAGCAACCGCCGGGGUGACAAGGGCGCCAUUGCGGGAGACGGAUGGCGAAGGGGACUAACUCUGCAACGCCGGGGGCAGAGCUCUGUGAAACAAUUCGCUGGGGCAUGUAUCGGGAAUGAAUUGAUUGUAGGUAUCGACUAAGCGACCCACUCGUUUGAUCAAGGAGAUUUUAUUCCGUUUCCAAAAAUUUGAAAGUACCUACGAAUCUUGUCCAUUAUGAAUCGUGCUCUUGGACGAAAUUCGUAGGUGUUUACAAAUUCUUGACAUAUGGAGUCCAGGAGAAGAGAGACGUCACCGAAAGAUUUCAGUAAGGCAAAAGAGCUCCAAAAUAAUUCUACAAAUCCUUCAACCAGGCUAGCAGCUAAAAUGAUGUGAACUUACCGCAUGCUUAUAAGCUUGAAGCGGUCGAAUG